UGCGAACUAUAUUCUCCCACGCAUCCAUUUUCUGCAGCUUGCUCCACAUAACCACAGAGGCCAGGCCAAGUUAGUCGUCAUUUGAUAACAAAGCAAUCUCUCUUUCUCUGUACCACAGAUUUGAUCUCUUUAUCGAGCAUUCGAGUUACAUUUAUUAUAUUUAUAUACAUUGCAUCUUAUCCGGCUAAAUUCCGAUCGUAAGAGACAUGUCAGCAUUAAUUCAAUACAACGUCCUCCAUUACCGAUCACUUGGUCACCAUCUUCCUCGUCAGCCUCGAGCUCUCUCCAGAAGUAUAUCAUGCUCUGUUAUCACCAAGCCCCGUAACGCCAAACAGCUAAAUAUUGAUCAACCAGCAGUAGAGGUGGCCUUAGAGAAGUCACAGACUAAACCAGCAGUAUUGGCCGCCUCUCCUCCAGCCAGACCCAAAAGAAGAGUAAUACUUGAUGAUCCUAGUCUACAAUCCACGUGGUCACACCGCGGAUGGGUGGCAAGUGGAAGCGCCGUUGUCAUCAUUUCCCUGGCAGAAUGUAUCUCUGAAGCAGCCACGUCACAUAUAUGGCUCCAACCUCUUCUCGCUUCAUUUCUAGGUUACCUGAUAGCUGACCUCGCCUCUGGAGUCUACCACUGGGGCAUCGAUAACUACGGGAAUGCCUCUACUCCAAUGUUCGGUCCUCAAAUCGAUGCAUUUCAAGGUCACCACAAGUUCCCAUGGACCAUCACUGAACGUCAGUUUGCUAACAAUCUUCAUUCGUUGGCUAGUGCAGUAACUUUUGUUGUCUUGCCCUUAGACCUUGUCUUUCGUCAGCAUCCUUUCUUGCUGGGAUUCAUUGGAACAUGCUCCGGAUGUAUUAUGUUCAGCCAGCAAUUUCAUGCCUGGGCUCAUGGUACAAAAAGCAAACUCCCACCGCUAGUUGUGGCACUGCAGGAUGCCGGAGUUCUGGUAUCACGGUCACAACAUGCUGCUCACCACCGCCAGCCCUACAACAACAAUUAUUGCAUUGUCAGCGGAGCUUGGAACCAAAUUUUGGACCAACUUCAAGUCUUUCAAACACUGGAAAUGAUAUUGUUCUUUAAGCUUGGAGUUAGACCCAGGUCCUGGAGUGAUCCUGAUGUUGAGUGGACUGAAGUGGAAAUUCAUACUCAUUAAUUCUAACUUCCUCAUCAUACUCUGUUAAUACAGAUAUUGUUUUGUUUUCUGCUAUGUACCCUCUAUGUAUACAUAGAUCUCAAUCACUCCGAGAAUUUAUAAAUAUCUGUACGCAGUUGGGAGGAAUUCGACGUUGUUGUAAAAAACUUCCUGGGCACAUGAAGUUCGUGAAUGCUGUUUUUUCUUAUAUGGAUGAAAUUAAGGAAAUAUUCAUUCCUCUCA